CUCUAAGCACGAGCGUUCUUGUAUUGACUCCAAGGCUACCAGGGAAACUUGCUUGUUGUUGCAGGCGGUGAUAGUCGUCAGAACGUCAGUUAGCAGUAAAGCCAAGGUUUAACGUUAAUUUCAUAAUGGCACACCACAGAGCUUCAGAGUCCAAACGAGAGCAGUUUCGGAGAUACCUGGAGAAGGCUGGUGUCCUUGACAGCCUCACCAGUGUGCUGGUGGCAUUGUAUGAAGAGACGGAGAAACCCAACAAUGCACUUGAUUUCCUCAAGCAGCACUUGGGUGUGGCUGGCCAGGAGUCUGCAGACACUGAGGCACUCCAGCAGGAGCUAAGAGACAUGAGGCAGAGGUGUGAGCUGCUGGCUGAGGAGAACAAAGACCUCAAGAACAGGCUUCAACGCUAUGAGCCUACGCAAGAGGAUGGAGCUGCGGAAUAAAAAGUGACUCGGCUUUAUUGAAGUCAGUUUGUUAGAAACUAUGAUUUUUACGGCAAGCCAAAACCAACCAUGGGAGGCAAGGGAGUUUAUACACCUGUUAUUUUUUAUUUUCUUCAUACUCUGUUUAAAUAUUUAACUUAUUUUGUAUAUUUGAUAUAUUGAAAUAUAAUAGCUUUUGUCCCUUUAUGAUUGUCUCCUCCCUCUCAUAAAAGCAAACCCCCCUUUUCUGCUUUCAGUGUACUUCAGCCUGCUGCAUACCAAUGCUUUGUCUCUAGUAAACAAACGGUAACAUGA